CACUUGCCCGCUCAUCCCCCUUUUCCAUCCGCUUUUACGAGAUAAAAAGAUAUGUCCGAAGAGAACAAGGACGCCGCUAAGCCUGCUGAGAAGCAGAGACUCAUCAGCGAGGCUGAUCUGACCAAGUACAAGACCGCUGGAGACAUCACGAACGAUGUCAUGAAGAAGUUGAUCGAGCUCGCGGUCGAGGGCGCGAAGGUCCUCGACAUCUGUGUCGAGGGUGACAAGCUCAUCGAGGAGGCGACCGCGGGCGUGUUCAACAAGGCCGUCAAGGGUGUCAAGGUCCAGAAGGGCUCCGCGUUCCCCACCUGCGUUUCUGUGAACAACUGCGUGUCGCAUUUCUCGCCUCUCGCAUCGGAUCCCCUGUCAUCGCAGACGCUCGCCAAGGGCGACGUCGUCAAGAUCCACACUGGCGCACACAUCGACGGCUUCGCGUCCAUCGCGGCCGAGACCAUCGUCGUUGGCGCCUCUGUCGCGGACCCCAUCACCGGGCCACGUGCAAACGCGCUCAAGGCUGCAUGGACCGCCGCCGAGGCAGCGAUGCGCCUCAUCAAAGUCGGCAACAAGAACUGGGCGGUCACCGAUGCGAUCGACAAGGUCGCGAAGGCGUUCGAUUGCAAGCCUAUAGAGGGUAUGCUGUCGUGUCAGCAGACGCAGAACGUGAUCGAUGGCAAGAAGCGUAUUAUCCAGAACCCCUCGACGCAACAGCGAUCGGACACGGAGACGGUUACGUUUGCGGAGGACGAGGUGUACGGUAUUGACGUUCUCAUCUCGACGCACGAGGACGGAAAGUCUCGCGUUGAGGACCAGCGGACGUCAGUCUACCAGAAAGAGGGUGCCGUAACCUACCAGCUCAAGAUGAAAAACUCGCGUGCCGUCUUCUCCGAGGUGCAGAAGAAAGCCGGCGCCUUCCCGUUCACCGUGCGCGUGCUCGAGGACGAGAAGCGCGCGCGUCUGGGCCUGCAAGAGGCCGUGCAGCACGGCCUGAUCAAGCCGUACGACACUGUGUAUGCGCCCGCCAACGCAUUCGUGGCCGCCUUCCACUUCACCAUUGCCCUCCUGCCUAGCGGCCCGCUCAUGCUCACGCACCCGCCAAUAUGGUACAAGCCCGAGCUCGUCCGCACGGAGAAGGAGCUUGAAGACGAGGAGCUCAAGGAGCUGCUCGCGAAGCCCGUCAAGGAGUCGAAGAAGAACAAGAAAAAGGCAGAGGGCGCAGCAUAAAUCUUGGGCCGAUGCGACGAACUGACAAGCGAAAACACCACAAUUGCUGGGGAGAGGAGAAGUCAUAUUGAUGAAUUAUUGAUAUUGUGACAUUGCAACGAAUAAAUGUACAUGUACAAUGGUCCACACGUUAAAUGUUAACGUAGAUCCCUCUUGGACGUUUUGUGUGAUGUCGAUCCUAGUAGGGGGGAUAUUCUGGCUAUGAUGCAACAUUCGCUCUCGAUUUCUCUGCGUGCUCCCCGAAUUCUCCUAUCGUACGAAUGACGAGAUCGAUGUUCUCUAGGAAACCGUUGACGGUGAGCCUUGCCAGCCGCACAGUCAGCGUUUCAAAUGUCACGACGAGAUCCUGCCCUUCCACAGCCAGCGUCCGCUUCACGGCAUGCGGCUGCAGCUCGCUGUCGACCUCGAUGACCUGCUUCGCGAUUGAGGCGUGCUUGGGCGCGGCGAACGGGAUCCGCACGGUCACGGUGUGCCAGUUAUCAGUGGACAUAUUCAUCUAUGCGGUUGAUGCGGUCGUGGUAAUGGUA